AUGGAUGCAUCUGCCUCUUCUUCUGGCCAUAAAGACGAUGCUGGCAAUGGCUUUUCACUUCCGCCUUCCCUGGACCACGCCAGGAUCACCACUCUACCUCAGACGGCGUAUUACAUCCCAGACUUCAUAAGCGAGGAAGAGGAGCGAAUGAUUUUGGAUAAAAUCUCGAGUGCCCCCAAGCCGAGGUGGAAGCAGCUCACCAAACGUCGUCUUCAGACGUGGCCCUCGGAUCUCGUCAACAACAAGCUUCUCGACGCUCCGCUACCUCCUUGGCUCGAGACUCCCGUGGUCUCUCGCUUGCUGUCACUUCCGACUCAGGAUUCCGAACUUGGACACAUCUUUGCCCAGAGUCCUCAUAAGAAGCCCAACCAUGUUCUCAUCAACGAAUAUCCACCUGGUAUUGGCAUUAUGCCGCAUAAGUUGAGUACACGAAAAUCCGUGGUCCCGUUGCUACGCAAGGAGGACGGUGCCCUUGAUCCUGAGCCUGCGUGGAGGAUCCUGCAAGAACCUCGUAGCCUUCUCAUCACGACUGAUCAGCUGUAUACCGACUACCUCCACGGUAUUGCCGACAUUGAGGAGGACACCGACCUCACUGCAGACACCGUCGCCAACUGGGACCUCCUCCGCGACGCCGAUGCCUAUGCCAGUGGUCGGAACAUCCGCCAGACCCGUACGAGUCUGACGUACCGAGACGUUCUUCAGGUCUCCAGGGUUGCGAACAAGCUCGGCAUGUUCCUCAAGCGAUGA